AUGUCCCUAUCCCCGAUCACCGUCCCACUCGGGCUGGUACUCAUCGUCUUCGUCGCCCUGCGACGAAAAGCCCGAACCCUUCCUCUUCCUCCAGGUCCCCGCCCCCUCCCCCUCAUCGGCAAUGUGCUCGACAUGCCAAAGACCGACAUCUCCGCGGCCUUGCGUGACAUGAGCGCAGUUUACGGAGACAUCAUGUACUUGAACCUUCUCGGGCGACAUCUGAUCGUUCUGGGCUCACAAGAGGCCGCCAUCGAUCUCCUCGAGAAGCGCUCGACAAACUACUCGGAUAGGGUGCCGUCGCCUAUGAUAAGAAUCGCAGGACUCGAGUGGGCGUUGGCCUUGCAGCCGUACGGCUCAUGGUGGCGACGUCACCGACGCGCACUGCAUCAGUACUUCAGCCCCGCCGCCGUCGCGCAGUACGCCGCAUCACAGAAGCUCGAAGCGCAUCGUUUCGUGCGCCGUUUGGUAGAUACUCCGGACGACCUUGUCUCCCAUAUCGGACAUUUGUUCGGGUCCUCACUGUUACGGGUUACAUACGGGAUCGAAAUCGACGAUGAGGAAACGGAUUACCUCAAGAUGGGCAGCGACGCCCUUGCGGUCUUCUCCGACGCCUUUACCGCUGGGAAGUACCUCGUCGAAUUCUUCCCGGUGCUCAAGUACCUACCGUCGUGGAUGCCCGGUGCUGAAUUCAAACGCGAGGGGGCGGAAUGGACUCAAACCGUCAACAAGCUCCUCACCGUACCCUGGAACGCGACGAUGGACGCGAUGCGCAAAGGCACCGCGCGCCCGUCAAUGGCGACGGGCCUCAUGGAGAGUGUCGAGGAGAUGCCAGAUGCCGACGCAGCUGAGGAGGAAGAUAUUUAUCGGAACUCGACUGCAGUCGCGUACGCGGCUGGAGCCGACACUAGCGCUUCCACCAUACAAACGUUCUUCAUGGCUAUGACGUUAUUCCCCGAGGUUCAGAAGAAAGCACAAGCGGAACUCAUGGCCGUCGUCGGUCCUCACCGCCUACCGGAGAAGGAGGACGCGCCUUCUCUACCCUACGUCCAUGCCCUCGUCAAGGAGUUCCUUCGUUGGCGCCCGGCCGUCCCGCUCAAUUUGCCCCACUGUACGCUGGAAGAGGACGAGUAUCGCGGAUAUCGCAUCCCCAAAGGCUCGAUGGUGAUCGCGAACAACGGGGGAAUUUCGUUCGACGAGAAAUUCUACCCGGAUCCGGAUAGAUUCAUGCCCGAGCGGUUCCUCACAGCGGAGGGGCAGCUCAAUCCUGAUGUGCUUGAUCCCGCCACGUUCGUGUUUGGAUUCGGCCGUCGAAUUUGCCCGGGGCUACUCUUUGCCGAGACUUCGCUGUUCAUGAUCGUCGCCUCCGUGCUGCACACUUUAACCAUCUCUGCGCCCGUCGACGCCAACGGAAAGCCCAUUCUUCCGUCAGGCAAGAUGACUGAUGGUCAGGUAGCGUAUCCUGAGCCAUUCCGAUGUGUGAUCAAACCCGCUUCGGCUGAGCGCGAGUCGCUGGUUCGUGCGAGUUGUGUCGAACUCAACGGCGUCCGCGCGGUGCAGUGA